AGUUAAGGUAGGUAGGCGAUUCCACAGCUGUAAAUUCAGUUGACACGACCGUCAUCUCCGACAACGACGACAAACCAUCCGAAUCAUCGACUCCAACGAACAGCUUGUAAAUAAAGGGAUCCACACCUAUCGAUCCAAAGACUGCGAUAUCGAGGCUGGCUUUUGCUUGGUAUACCGCCAUUGACGGUCGCAUCGAUUACUCUUCGAGCGCUAGUAAAGGGAGGGUGCAUGUGACCGGACCCUUGGUUAUCUACCCGACCUAACCAUCGGAGCUCCCUACCUCUGGUUGGAUACAAGCCCAGCUCGGUCCAGUGGCACAUCACGUCCUCGCCAGUACCUGCGCAUCAACUCCUCGCAGCUUAUCACUUAUAACACUCUCGGCGGAGAGGGGCUGGCUUGCCCACCGUUGCAACACUGCGUUUACCCAACGGGAUCGGCCCACCUGCGAGUCCUGAUUUCACCCACCCACCCAAGCAGUACCUGUUGGGCUCCAAAGCUUCGCUCUGACCCCAGCUGGCCGUCGCCCAUUUACCUGUGCGGCACACCUAGGCUGCAUACGGCUCACCACUGUCACACCUACCUACAUACUUGUAUCUCCUCCGCCGCUGGCGGAGACAUUCACGCGACCAUGUCGGCCCCUCAGGGAGGUGACUCCAAACUGUUUGCCCGAGUAAGCAUAUAAACAACCUGACUACAUAGUCCCUACUCUUUUUCGCUGCAUCUGCCCUCCAUCCAGUUCCGUGUUUCUAUACCUUCACCUGCCAAGCUGUACCCCAAGAAGGUCAAGUUUGCGACCAAUUCCUGAGCCUCGAUCACACAACGCGGGCCUCAGCUGUCGAUAACUACCCUGGACUACCUGAAAGACUACACCGCAAGCACCCAUUUCCGUAAACCGCCACAUACUAUACUCAAUGUCGAUCAUGUUUAUGGCAUACCUGCCACCGCCGACCACACGCUCACAACUGGGAAUACAGGGCAAAGUUGCGGAGCUCCGCCUCGAGUUGAACAGUGGUGGCAAGAAAGACAAGAACUUCACAGCCAAGAAGAUUGCGUUGAAGAAGAUUGUUGCCAACAUGACCAUGAGCAAUAAUGACAUGGUUGCCUUGUUUCCAGAUGUGAUAGGCUGCAUGCAUAUAGAGAGUCUCGAAAUCAAGAAGAUGUGUUUCCUUUUCCUCGUCAACUAUUCUAGGAUGCGCCCAGAGAUUGCCAUAAAGGCGAUCCCCGUAUUGGAAUAUGAUAUGCGAGACUCAAAUCCUUUGGUCAGGGCUCUAGCUUUACGGACUAUGUCUUACAUUCAUGUGCGGGAAUUUGUCGAGGCAACGGUACCGAUCGUGAAGCAAAUGUUGAAGGAUUCAGAUCCAUACGUCAGAAAAACGGCAGCAUUCUGCGUUGCAAAGCUUUACGACCACGACAAGCAGAUGGUGGAGCAGUCAGAUCUCAUUGACAGGCUCAAUGGUUUACUGCGUGAUGACAACCCGACCGUGGUGGCAAGUGCUCUUGCUUCGCUUAUGGAUAUUUGGGAGCGAAGUGACGCCAUCAAGCUUACGAUUGACUACGGCAACGCUUCCAAAAUGGUUGCCAUUUUGCCGGACUGCUCAGAAUGGGGUCAAACAUACAUCUUGGAAGCUUUGAUGUCUUACCUACCUGAGGACUCAGGAGAGGCUCUGCUGCUGGCAGAGAGAAUAGCCCCUCGGCUCUCCCAUUCUAAUUCGGCCGUUGUGCUCACGUGCAUCAGGGUCAUACUCUAUCUAAUGAACUACAUCUCAGACCAAAAACAAAUAUCUGCGCUUUGCAGAAAACUCUCGCCGCCACUGGUCACAUUGCUGGCCAAGGGCCCCGAGGUACAGUAUCUAGCUCUGAGAAACGCCCUGCUCAUCCUGCAACGGCGUCCUGAGGUGUUGCGCAACGACAUUAGGGUCUUCUUUUGCAAGUACAACGAUCCAAUUUACGUCAAGGUCACCAAGCUGGAGCUCAUUUUCAUGCUCGCCAACGAGAGGAACAUCGACGAGGUUCUCACAGAGCUGCGGGAGUACGCAACCGAGAUUGAUGUCCACUUUGUCCGCAAGGCCGUCCGCGCAAUCGGCAAGUUGGCCAUCAAGAUCGAGCCGGCAGCACCGCGUUGUAUCGAUCUUCUGCUGGAGCUCGUUGCAACAAAAGUAACGUACAUUGUACAGGAGGCGACAGUGGUCAUCAGGAACAUCUUCCGCAAGUAUCCGAACCAGUAUGAGUCUAUCAUUGGCACGCUGUGCGAACAUCUCGACUCAUUGGACGAGCCUGAGGCAAAGGCUGCUAUGGUUUGGGUCAUUGGCCAGUAUGCAUCUCGAAUUGAGAAUAGCGAUGCUCUACUUGAGGAUUUUCUAUACUCAUUUGCAGAUGAGUCUGUGGAGGUACAGCUUGCGCUGUUGACUGCAACGGUGAAGCUUUUCAUACAACGCCCCACGAAAGGACAAGAGCUAGUCCCCAAAGUUCUCAAAUGGGCUACUGAGGAGACUGACAACCCGGAUUUGCGCGACCGGGCAUACAUGUACUGGAGACUGCUGUCAACCGACAUUGCCAUGGCCAAGCAAAUCGUCAUGGGCGAAAAACCGCCCAUUACGGCAGAGUCAGAGCGACUCGACCCAGCCACGCUGGAAGAGAUGUGUUUAAACGUUGGCACGCUAGCUACUGUCUACUUGAAGCCAGUACAGACCGUCUUCCGCUCGGCGCGCCCGAGACGUCUGCUUGACUCACCUGCAUUACAGCGGCAACUACUGCCUCCUGGAUCGGGACCGCUCGCGCCACCGGGUCCCUAUGAGAACAACAAGAGCCUUAGCAUGCUCGGGCAAGGGGGCCGGCCUGCAAAUGUUGACCCAAGAGACGGCAGCCGGGGCAACGCUCCCGGUGCUGGCGGUGGAAAUCUAGCCCAGGCAGUAAGUGACGCCGAUGCAUACUUUGCAGGCGUUGGGGCCCAAGCGAUGGCCAACAUGAGAGUCGAGGAGAGGGAUACGUUUGGGGGGACUGGCGGCGUCGAUAUGGGUGGUGGAGGAUAUAUGGUCAACCAGUACAUGCCUCAAACUGUGCUGCAACCAGGAGAGGAUAAUAGGAACGGAGACUUGUUGAUGCUCUGAGUAUAAUGUGGCUCAGGGCUUGCUGAUAGUUUACGAUCGUGUAUAAACUUUGUGUUUCAAAACUCAUGCUCAUUUCUCUUUGUCAACAGGUGGCUUGCCGCUUUCUGCAUAGCCUUU